GGGUCCUUCACUUCAGCUGCCGCUAAGUGUAAACUUAGAGAGAGAAACCACAGUAGAGAGAGAAACAAGUGGAGAUUGAAAAAUGUCUGGAUGGGAUGAAGGAGCCGUGUACUACAGCGACCAAGCUCAGUUCCCCCGCGGCGCCGGCGAUCCGGAACAGGCGGCGAGUCGCCACACGGUGCUCCGAAAGUUCAAGGAGUUCAUUCGAAACUUCGCGCAUCAAAAUCAACCUAAUGUGUUUCCGUACAGAGAGAGCCUUGUUCAAAACCCUAAGUUCCUUCUCGUUAAUCUCUCCGAUCUUCUCAAUUACGAUAAAGACCAGGAUCUCCGUGAUCUUCUCCGUAAAAACCCGGCCGAUUACCUUCCCCUGUUUGAGACGGCUGCUGCUGAAGUUUUGGCAAGUUUGAGGUCUAGGGUUGCUGGUGAGACUGGGGAAAUGGAGGAGCCUGAGACUGGGGAGGUGCAGAUCUUUUUGACAUCAGAGGAGGAUCCGGUGUCAAUGCGUUUGUUAGGGGCACAAUACAUAUCAAAAUUGGUUAAGAUAUCUGGGAUCACUAUUGCUGCGUCAAGGACUAAAGCAAAGGCAACUUAUGUGACUUUAUUGUGUAAAAACUGUAAGAAUGUAAAAGUGAUUCCUUGCCGUCCUGGCCUUGGAGGGGCAAUUGUGCCACGUUCAUGUGACCAUGUGCCUCAGGCUGGAGAAGAACCAUGCCCUAUUGAUCCUUGGAUUGUAGUUCCAGAUAAAAGCAAGUAUGUUGAUCAGCAGACUUUGAAAUUACAAGAAAAUCCCGAGGAUGUACCUACUGGUGAACUACCAAGGAACAUGCUUCUUUCAGUCGACCGGCAUCUGGUGCAAACCAUUGUUCCAGGCACAAGAUUGACGAUAAUGGGUAUUUAUAGUAUCUUUCAAGCUGCCAAUUCAUCAUCAUCCCACAAAGGAGCAGUUGCAGUUAGACAGCCUUAUAUAAGGGUUGUGGGAAUAGAACAAACAAGUGAAGCUAAUUCUCGGGGGCCUACCAAUUUCUCUGUAGAUGAGAUAGAAGAAUUCAAGAAGUUUGCUUCAGAAGGUGACCCAUAUGAAAAAGUAUGCUCCAAGAUUGCUCCCUCUAUAUUUGGCCACGUUGAUGUGAAAAAAGCUGUGGCCUGUCUCUUGUUUGGUGGAUCAAGGAAGGUUUUGCCUGAUGGUGUUAAGUUAAGAGGGGAUAUAAAUGUGUUGCUUCUGGGGGAUCCAUCUACUGCUAAGUCACAGUUUCUUAAGUUUGUUGAAAAAACGGCUCCUGUAGCUGUAUAUACAUCUGGAAAAGGUUCCUCAGCUGCUGGUCUUACAGCCUCCGUAAUUCAAGAUAGCAGUUCUCGCGAAUUUUAUUUGGAAGGAGGGGCCAUGGUUUUGGCAGAUGGUGGAGUUGUCUGCAUCGAUGAAUUUGACAAAAUGAGGGCGGAAGACAGGGUUGCCAUUCAUGAGGCCAUGGAACAGCAAACCAUUUCCAUUGCCAAAGCUGGUAUAACAACAGUACUGAAUUCUAGAACAUCUGUACUUGCAGCAGCAAACCCUCCAUCAGGACGUUAUGAUGACCUAAAGACUGCACAGGAUAACAUUGACCUACAGACAACAAUUCUUUCAAGAUUUGAUUUGAUAUUUAUUGUGAAGGACAUCAGGAUGUACAGCCAAGACAAGAAUAUAGCUAGCCAUAUCAUCAAACUUCACGCAUCUGCUAAUGCAGUCACAGGAGACACUAAAACUUCUAAAGAAGAUAACUGGUUAAAGAGGUAUAUUCAGUACUGCCGGACUGUAUGUCGUCCUCGCCUAUCUGAUUCAGCAGCCACAUUGCUGCAGGAGAGUUAUGUUAAAAUUAGACAGGAUAUGAGGCGACAAGCUAAUGAAAAUGGAGAAACUGCAGCAGUUCCAAUUACAGUGAGACAGCUGGAAGCUAUAGUGAGAUUGAGCGAGUCACUUGCAAAGAUGCAACUGUCCCAUGUUGCGAAUGAUAACCAUGUCAUGGAAGCUAUUAGAUUAUUCAACAAUGCUACAAUGGAUGCAGCGAAAUCUGGGAUAAAUCAGCAGAUAAAUCUCACUCCCGAGAUGGCAAAUGACAUAAAGAAAGCAGAAACUCAAAUAAAGCGAAGAAUGGGAAUUGGUAGCCAUAUAUCAGAAAGAAGGCUUAUUGAUGAACUUGCCAGAAUGGGCAUAAAUGAAUCCAUAGUUAGAAGAGCGCUGAUAAUCAUGCAUCAAAGAGAUGAAGUUGAGUACAAGAGAGAAAGACGGGUUAUCCUCAGGAAAGCUUAGUAUAUGGUGUACAAACAAUGUUUUAGGUAUCAGUGGCAAACAUCUGCCUUCCCCUGAUUUCUUUGUUAAACCACGCUCAACAAUAUAGAGUGCUUUAUUGGUUAAAAACGCUGCAAACAUUGAUAGCAUAAUGUAAACGAUAUGCUGAUGUUCAUCAUUUCUUAUUUUUCUUGUC